AUGUCCUUGGGCAGCGGUUCUCCCUUGGCGCCGAGCGUGUCUCCCCCCGCGCGGUGGGAUGGCGGGCAGCAGUGCGUGCUGCACGAGGUGACGCGCUUCGACACCCUGGCCGGCAUCGCCAUCCGCUAUGGCGCCCAGGUGGCGGACAUAAAGAAGGCGAACCGCAUUUCGACGGACUCGCAGAUUUCCAGUCACGCGGGGAGCAGCCAGCAGCGCACAGAGCAGCACGGCACGGGCAGCUCGUCGCCAGCAGCCACCACCAGCGCCGCCAUGGCCAGUGGAAGCGGCAGCGGGGGCGGCGCGGGGUCGCUGUCGGAGGCCAUCCUGCAGCUGGUGUCGGCGCAGGCAGCCGCGGAGCACGCAGAGGCGCACAGCCGCAAUCUGGCGGCGGCAGAGGCGGCGGGGCGGGCGCGCGCGUCGACGUUCUUCUUCGUGCAGAUGCGCGAGGCGGAGCAGUACGUGUCGUCCGAGGGCGAGGAGCCCUCUCCCCCCUGCCAGCGCGGCACGUCCCUGUCCGAGGGCGAGGGUGACGAGGGCGGGCGGCGCCUGUCGUGGCUGGGCGGAGGGGUGGGGGGGUUCUACUCCGGCGCCCAGGGCAGAGGCGCUGGUAGAAGCACGUGGACUGGGGAAGCCAGACAGACCAGCGCACAGGAGUUUGGGGGGCAGGGUCGCGCACAGCAGCGGCGAAUCUGGGGGCGGCAGCGAGGUGGGGGGGGGAGAGUGGUGGAGGAUCUGCUGUGGCGCUUCCACAAGUCCACCAGCUUCUCCACCUUCGAAAAUGCCGGCCUGCUCAACGCCUCUGCUGUUGCUGGGGGCCUCACGCGCUCCCCUCUGCGCCGCGACCCCAGUGGCAGCCUGAGCGCGGGCAUCGACCUGCCCUCCACUCGCAGCUGGUCUCGCCCGUCGUCCGUCGCGGCCGCUGUGGAGGUGGGGGGCAGCGGUGAUGGGUCGGUGCUGCUGGGCUGCAGCACGCCCAUUAAAGGGGGUGAGGGUGGGGUGUGUGACGAUGGCAGCAGCACAGCGGUGGGCGGAUCUGCUGUUUACGGGAGUGUGACACGGCGAGGUGUGAGCAGCAGGCGGGGCAAGGGUGUGCCUGCUGACAUCACUGGCUGA